AUGCCGACAACCUUAGAAGAUGCCAUCUCCCUUAUGGACGAAGAACUCAAGCAAGUAGACCCGGUGGUACCUAGCCUAGGUAAGAUCACAGCAGCCUACAUGUUUGGUGCAGCCGAAGCGCUUCGUGCUAAUCCCAAUGGGCCACAAGAAAAAUUGACUUUCACUAAUUUAUUGAGGGUGAAUGAUGAAGCGGGUGACUUGGAACUGGAGAUUUUGGAGAACAUUGUAUCUGAAAUUCGAAAUAAGCUCGAGAAUUCUCUUCGACCUCAGGCCUCUUUGGUGGACUCUUUUAAGCUAGUAGUAGCGGCGGACACAAAAGAAGAUAUAUGUGUUAUAUGCAUGUCCGGGUUGAGCAAUGGGGCAAGUAAUAUAAGGGAAAUGCCUUGUUUACAUCAAUAUCAUGAAGAAUGCAUAUGCAAGUGGCUCGGGUGCAAUCAGUCGUGUCCAAUUUGCCGAUAUAGUUUGUGCUCAAAGUAA